CUUCCCCCCGGCCUCUCCCGAGUCCCGACUCGUCCUAUCGCCGUCGUGUCGAUCUUCCUCACGGAUUUUCCGCCCAUCUCUCCUCUCUCCUCCCCUUUCUCUCUCUAUCAUCAGAUCCACACACACAUACAUACAUAUAUAUAUAUAUAUAUACACACACACACACACAUUACCUUCUUCCUCUCACUUUUACUCUCUAGCCAUCCCUCUCGCUCUCUGCUGCCACUUCUACUUUGGUCGGUUCUCGUUGUUUGCAUGUGAGCUUCAUCAAUGGCGUUGGCAGUAUCGGUUCAUCGGCAACCGCAACAGAGCUCUCGGGUGAGGCCCUGCACAUACGACACGGGGAUGAGCAUGGAGAAGAAGAGCUCGUGCCAAUCUUCUUCUACCCCACCAACUGCCGAGUCAAAAAGCAGCUCUGCACCUGCCACCACCACCACCAUUACCAGGCCUUCUUGGCUUCUGUCGACCAUUGCCGAUUUGGAUGAGAGGAUGAAGGCAAUAGAGGCUAUCAAUUCUGAAGAAGACAGCCCCGAGGACACGUUCGCUCAGCGAGCUGAAUCAUACUACAGGAAGCGGCCUCAGCUUCUAUCCCUUCUUCAGGACCUUUACAAUGCCUACCUCUCCCUCUCCGACCGCUAUCUCCGAGGCCUAGUAAAGCGAAAAAGAAACCGGGUGAAGCAAUCUCCUUCUCAGCUGUCCUUCGGAGGUCUUUCCGACCAAGAUGAUGGUGAAAUUGAUUCCGAGGCUGAGAGCACCCUCUCUUACCAGAAGCCGCCAUCAACUCCGGGCUCCAUCAAGAUGAGUGUGGAUAUGCUGAUUGCCGAGCUUGUGAUGAAGAAUGUCGAGCACGAUCUGCUGCUCCAUGAGGUGAACAUGAUGGAGUGCCGAAGGGGGGAAUCGUCUCGGAAGAUGGAGCUCCAGGAGAACCUGCUCGAGGUCCUGGAAUCGGAGAGGAUGAUACUACUGAGUCAGAACUCAGCCUUGGGAUACCAAGUGGCGGCGCUUGUGGAGGAGAACCGGGUGCUAGCGACUGAGUCAGAGCUGAUGAAGACUAGGGCUGAAGAGCUUGCGAGGUGUGUGUGGAAGAUAAGGGAGGAGGGGUGUGUGGGUGAGCUCAGCAGUAAGAUUGAUGAACUUCAGGGUCGUAUCUUCGGUUUGGAGGAGAAGAACAAGGAGUAUUUUGACGAGAUUGUUAGGAAAGGGAUGCAGUUCGAAUGGGAUACGAGACACAGAGAGAGAAGCCCUCUUGGGUGUUUUGAGUUCGAAAAGUGGAAGCUGAAGAGGGAGAGGGCUGCAAUAAGAAAGUCCAUCGAGUACAAGAAGGCUGGUGCUGGGAAGAAGAAAAAGGUGGUGAAAUGGUGGGCAAAGGUCAAGAAUAUGGACAUCUUCAAGUGUGGUAUUAGCCCAACUUGUGGUCAGUAACGCGCUAUGAGAUUAACCACUACAGUAAUGAACGUGAUACUAGAAGUGAUACUGAGAUAGCGAAGUCACGAAGCAAUAUAUAUAGCUCAUGAUUGUAUUUGUAUCUACGGUAAUUAAAGCUAAAGGUAAAACUAUAGGAAAGACAGUAGUAGUAGUGAUAGAACCAUUUCCACUCAAUGACGAAAUGGCUUUGUGUUAGUAUCUACCAUAUUACUAUUCCAUUACGAAAACGGGUCAUGUUAGUGUUCUACUAUAGAUACUAAACGUACACUCUGUGAACUUACCGUCAUCUCAUCGGCAGGAUGAUCUCUAUAUAGUAAGCAUCCAGUUGCUA